UGAAGGUCAACGGCUUCUACACUGUUGCGGUAGAAUGCCCCCCUUGAGCUCCGAGCAUCAACUGUCGAAACUAACUAGUAAAAAUAUCUCUCCAGUCUGUCCAUGGAGCCACACGCAAGACGCUGCUGAAAAUCAAGGGAUUUAGCGAAGUGAAAGUCGAGAAGAUCAAGGAAGCCAUCCAAAAGUGUCAGGUAUGAAAAAGUGGCCUCUUUAAGUAUGGUGUAUUAUGAUAGGUUCUAAUUGGCAGCACGGCAGCCCUCUGCUUCUGGAUUCAUUACUGCCAUGGAGCUUGGGCAUCAGCGAAAGAGGGUAGUUAAAAUUUCAACAGGCAGCAAACAGUUUGACACCAUACUAGGAGGGUAUUAGCCAUACUUCUCUUAUGAAAUAAAGAAGAAGCCAAAACAAAAAAAGGCCCGAAACUGACGGCUCAGUAGGGGGUUUCAAAGCAUGAGCAUCAGCGAGGUAUACGGAGAGUUCCGGUGCGGCAAAACGCAGCUUUCACAUACGAUGUCCGUGAUCGCGCAGCUGCCCAAGGAUAUGGGUGGUGCAGAAGGCAAGGCAGCCUACAUCGAUACAGAAGGCACCUUUCGACCUGAGCGAAUUGCCCAGAUUGCGGAACGGUUUGGCGUUGACCCGGACUCAGCACUGGAGAACAUAUCAUACGCUCGAGCGCUGAACAGUGAGCACCAGCUAGAGCUGCUUAACACGCUAGCCAAGGAGUUUGCUAGCGGCGAGUACCGCCUGCUUAUCAUUGAUAGUAUCAUGAACUGUUUCCGGGUGGACUACUGUGGGCGAGGAGAGCUUGCAGACCGCCAGCAGAAACUGAACCAGUUCCUGAUGAAGCUGGCUCAUAUGGCAGAGGGUAUGUAGGGCCAAGGGUGAAGAUGAAAUUGAAGAUUAGUGAAAGCCAGCUAACUUCAAGUAUAAGAGUUCAAUGUCUGUGUCUUGAUGGUGAGAGCAAGAGUAGACCCGUCAAGGAGGCCAGUUAUGCCCAAGCGUGCCCGAACUGACCCGUACGUACUAUCAUAGACGAACCAAGUGCAGAGUG